CUCGCGCAAUAGGCAAUUACAUGAUCGAGUGGCGGUCGGUCGCUUUCCUGCAAUGACGAAUAGAGCAUUUGUACUUGGAAGAGCAACGGCGGCUUUGAGGCGACCUUUGAACUCGACCUGGAAGAUAACCCUUCUCGAGCUUCUUCAUCGUGUACUUUGCCGACUGUCAGGCCAGUGUCGUUGCGGUCCUCCGACAGAUAUUUACCUAAACGUUGUUCCACAAUUUCGUCUCCCUCGAAGUGUCCGAAAUGUGUCGCAUGGAAAGAGUUAUUUCUACUAUUUACUGAAGUCACGCGGAAUCAAAAUGUGGCUGAUAGGGAGCUUCGCGACCUUGUGUCUUGUCGAGUUUACACUAGCGAUAUACGUCCCCUCGGAAAGAACGACAAAACCUCCGGUGCGUCGUGAAUCCAUAUUGCCUUGGUAUUUAACUGGGGAAGAUUCUCCGCCACCAGAGGAUCCCUCGCGUUCUCCAAAAUGGGAUUUGCCCGAAGACAGGCCGAGAGAACCAGCGAUCGUGGAUGCUGGGGUAAAAACGUGGCCAAAAAGGCUGGAAAGUAGCUAUUCGCAGAGGAGCGAACCUCCUUUUCAGGACGAUUUCUCGCAAAGAAAGGAUCUUGAACAGAAGACGGAUCACGGAGGUUCAUGGAUACCGGAAGAAGUCCCGGAAGAAAAUUUAUGCGACCCCUCGAAUCCCACCGAAAACUGCAAUGUCCACAAAUCGCGUCGUCGAGAUAAAGUCCUAAACGUGGAAAUAAUUCCCGACCUCUACGAAAAUGUCCCACUGGAUAGCACGAAACCCCGGAAAGGGAAAAUCCUGACCAUAAGUAAACCCGAUCACAAGUCCAUCGUGGCGAAGUACAGCUCCUCGGGGGUGCAGUGUCCUGAUGAAAGUGCAACUGGGCAAUUUGUUUACCCCCCUGACUGCAAAUUUUUCGUUAACUGUUGGGCAGGACGAGCCUUCGUGCAACCCUGUGCCCCAGGAACGCUUUUCAAUCCUGAUACUCUAGAGUGCGAUUUUCCAUACAAAGUUAAAUGUUACGGGGGCGAAUUGGCAGAUUUUACCGCCCCUGAUAAUUUGGAUGCCACGGGGAGGAGGGAACCUCUCGUGCAAGGAACACAUUCGAAGCCGGGCAGCGCAAAUUUGUUGGAGCCGAAAUGUCCGCCUCAUGUGACAGGAUUGCUGGCCCAUCCUGCGGAUUGCACAAAGUUCCUGCAGUGCGCCAACGGGGGUACUUUCGUGAUGGACUGCGGACCUGGGACCGUGUUUAAUCCUGCUAUCAGCGUUUGCGAUUGGCCAAACAACGUUCAGGGAUGCGAAGAUGCCUUAAAGACUGACGAAGAGGUUUCCCUAUUGACUGGGCAUCAGGAUUACGGGAGCAAGAAGGAUACUGGAUGGUCAUCUGGGCAGAACAGGAUCCAAAAAUCCGAGGAAAAAAUAUCCUGUCCAGCGGGUCAUACCGGACAACUUCCGCACCCUCGAGAUUGUAAAAAGUUCCUCCAGUGCAAUCGUGGAGGCACUUUUAUAAUGGACUGCGGCCCAGGAACUGUAUUUAAUCCUAUCACUACAGCGUGCGAUUGGCCGUACAAGGUAAAAGGAUGUAAUGGUCAGCAGAAUAAGCCCAUUUCUCAAGGAGGAAAUGCUGGUAGUCAAUGGCCCACUACUCAGAACACAGGACAUCGUGUUCAACAGUCAUGGCAGGGUAAUGUUCAAAGCCAGCAUAAUGGACCUAAUUGGGGCCAGCAAAAUGGUCAGCAUGUUUAUGCACAGUAUAAUCCAGCUGACCCCGACCCCCGGGGUCAUGGAUAUCAGCUUAAUGGGGGGACAAACAACCAACCAUGGUACUACAAUCAAACUGGACCAGAUAGUAACUCGCGGCAUUAUUAUGGCCCAUAUAAUGGCGAAAAUCAACAUUCGGGCCAAUGGCCUCGCGAGCAAGGACCAAACUCGUACGACUAUCAAACCUCCAAGCCAGGGCAAUACCACCCUAGCAUCCACCGCCCCUACUAUCAAACUAAUCGUACAUUUACAAAAGGUUCAAGCAGUCAUGCAAACGGCACGAACUUUCCUCAUUCGUAUCACGGAGGUCAGUGGGGAAAACCGUGGAAUCCGCACGAUAAUCGUAAACCUGCUGAUAACGCCACUGAUCAACAAACGCAUCCCUCGUUCUAUGGCCAGAAUAUAGGAACGUGGAGAUGGGAUCCUAGGAAGUAUAAUAACACCAGACCAGGGAAUGAUGGUAAUUCUCAAAAUCCAAAUCCGUGGUACCCUGCGAAUGUACCCAGUAGACCAAACGUUGGGGUUGACAGAGACGGUAGAAGUAAGACAGAUCCAGGUUAUCACCAGUAUCCAUAUGUUGGUGCCGAUGGUAAUAUCUAUCAGAGUGGGACUUAUGAACCAGGACAGAUCCCAAGUUCUAGCCAGAGAGGUCAUGGCCGCCCAGGGUGGACCAAUGGUCAUAGCCAAGGUCCACAAGGUGAGCAGCAAAGACCUCCCUGGAGUCAGGUGGAACUUCACCCUGGCCAACCUGGAGUAUUCGUUCCUAGCACAUGGACAGGCCAAGGACGACCUGACUUGAACCUGCAACCUUGUAUUCCUGGUCAGAAUAUUCCUUGCCUAGAUAAUAAGCAACCUUACACUCCUGACCAAGGAAGACCUGGUCCAAAUGGUCAAAGACCUUAUUCUCCUGGCCAAGGCGGCUUCGGGCCAGAACUGCAACAACCAUUUCCUACGAGACCCUCGGGAACUGGUCCGCAUAAUUGGCAACCUUAUCCGUCUGGUCAGGGAAGUCAAAGGCCGUAUCCUGAGGGACAAGGAAGUCCAUCUGCACCUCCUGUUAAAGGGGGUCGUAGACCACCUCCUACUCUGCCGAGUCAGAAUGCACAUCAUCCUGGCCAGCCAGGAAGAUAUCCUGUGGAGUCUGGUGUCCGUUCUCCAGCUCCUAAUCAAUCGUACCCUGAAUAUCAACCUAAUCCAUCUGUUGGAGGUGGUUAUCAAGGUCCUAAACCGACUCCUAUGAACCAGUCAGUCUGGAAUCAAGUUUCAGGUCCUAGUGUUCCUCCUUCAGAUGAUAAAUUCGAUCAAUGGGCGACGCAUACGAACGUUCAUGAUCAGAGAGCCGAAAAUUCAGAUCUUGAUGUAAAAUUAAAUCAGUGGACGUCGAAGACGAAUGUCUUUGGGCAAGGGAAAGGACAAAUGCCAGCGGGCUCUAAAACUUCGACGCCUGAUCCUUCAAGAAUAACAUUUCCUGACAGUAUAUACGUAAAUUCGAAUGGAAUAAAGGGACACUACAUCACGAAAGAAAUCAAAAUCGAUCAGGGACACUCUCAGACUCGAAAUUACAAGCCCCAGAAUAGUAAGCCGAAUCCUAUAAAUGAAGCGCCUGAAGAUUCCGAUGGAUAUGAUAAAUUAUACCCUGGACCAGAUAGAGAAAACGCUACUAUUCCACCCUACUACAGUUUGAUUGAUUUGAGAUCGAUGCCCAAAGUCGAAGAAACUAAUCGUAGUAGAUGGUCCACUACGGAGAGAGAUUUUAAUUUUAAUGCCACUGGUAAUCAAGAUCCGAAAAAUGUUGACAUAACUUCAGAUCCAUACCUUCCAUCCGUUUCGAUUGAAUACGAUGAUAAUUCGGAUCGUCGAGGUAGGAAAGACUCCAAAGAAAAUACGAAUAUAUACUUUCCGGACGAUAUUGACUCGAAUGUCGAUAAAGUCGAUGUCAUGGUUGACAAGGAGGUCUGGAAACCGACAUUGGUCUUCCAGAAUAGAACGGAGACGACCACAAAGUCAUCCGUCAUAAUGUCAAUUAACAGUAAGAAGAAGAUUAACGAAGACUUGCUUGAUGUAGAAUUUCUACCCCCGGUGGUGGAACCAUCUUUCUCAGUUUACUACGUACCACCGGUACAGCCCUUGACUCAUCCGAAAAAACCUGGAACGGUGACACCCCUUUCAGGGCAGUUUAUAAGGCUUAGAGGAGGUUCCGGUCCUAGGAAUGGAUACGUCGAAGUUCAAGGUGCCCAGCCAGGAUGGGGCGUCGUUUGCGACUCCAGAAACUCAUGGUCUCUCAAGGAAGCCCAUGUUGUCUGCAAGCAAUUAGGAUACUAUAGGGGAGCCGAAAUGUCAUGGCAAGGCAGAAACGGUCAAUGGGGUGUACCGAGUUGGAUCGCUGCAGACACAGUCAAUUGUCUGGGCAAUGAGACCUACUUCCAAUCUUGCAGAUUUACACAUGGCCACGAGUGUCAGGUCCAGAGGGAUGCAAUCGGUGUGCAGUGUCUGCCGAAUAGGAUAGCUCUUUGUCGCAAAGAUGAAAUCCCUCACGGAGGGCAGUGUUACCAUUUGGCGGAUAAAAACUCUGGUUUAAACCAUGCCGAAGCAUUGAACUAUUGUGCUCAGAGGAAGUCACAGCUUUUGGAUGUUACGAGUCAGGAGGAGAACAAUUUCAUCUCCGAGUUGCUGGUGCAAAGUUAUCCAGAGGUGGAGUCCAUCAUGACUUCCGGGGUGGGCUUUACUACUUUCAACAGAAUAUUUUGGCUAUGGGAAGAUUCAUCUCGUGCGAAAUUCAGAUUUAUAAAGUGGUGGCCAGGGUGGAUGGAGGACAAAGUGAUCCCACCUCAUGUUGGAGUACGUCCUGUGUGUGUCGUGAUGAAAAAGAAGUUCCCGUGUCACGAUCGUCCAGACUCUGAUUGCGAUACGGACUAUUUCUUCUGGGACGUCGAGGAUUGCGCAUCGUCGACUAAAGGACACUCGUACGUCUGCGAGAGACCUUACGACGACAUCGGCUGCGUCUACGGCAAGGGGAACCAGUAUUCCGGGAAGGCCAACAUCUCCUCUUCGGGGAAAGAAUGUCUCUAUUGGGACGACGAUCGCAUCGCCCACUCGUUCCUGAUGAACGUGAUUUCACGAGAAACCAAAGAGAAGCUUAAAGGACAUAAUUUCUGCAGGAAUCCUAACCCGAAUAGAGAAUCAAAGCCAUGGUGCUUCGUUGGUCCCCAUACUGAACGGGAAUCCUGUGAUCUUCCAUCCUGCGGGAAAUUAGCCACGAAGAAAUCACUUGCAUCGGGUAGUUGCAAGCCCAAGCACUUCGAAUGCUUGCCAGGAGAGUGCAUACCGUCACCUUGGGUCUGCGAUGGCGAAGAGGACUGUACGAACGGCGCUGAUGAGAAAGCCUGCGUAUCCCACAUGAGCUUAUUCAAGAAAAUUGGGAAGCAUAAAUUGGAGGGAUACGAUGUGGAGAAAUGGCUGAACACGCCCCUAAAGACCUGUGCACUUAGGUGCAAGGAAGCAGACUUCACUUGUCGGUCUUUCGUUCACAAUGCUAAAAGAAACGUGUGCUUGCUGAGCGACAGUAACGUGGGUCUUACGGGAGCACUGAUCCCGGAUAGCGAGUACGAUUAUUUUGAGAUGAUCUCGAGGACCCUGAACUGCGACGACAUGUUCACCUGCGAUAACAAGAAAUGCAUUAAUCGGACCAUGGUGUGUGACGGGAAAAACGAUUGCAACGACCGGUCGGAUGAGAACAUUUGCUCGGUUGACGAGCUCGAUUAUGCAGUCAGAUUGGCUGGGUCGAAUAACACUAAUGAGGGCAGAGUGGAAGUUAAAAUCCUGGGUCACUGGGGACAGGUCUGCGAUGACGGAUUCGGGAUGAUCAACGCAGAUGUCAUCUGCAAGGAGCUUGGAUUCAAUCUGGGCGCAUUAAGCGUUAGACUAGGAGGAUUCUACGGGAAUUUGGACCCACCAUCGCGAUUCCUGGUGGAUCAGCUGAAGUGUCGAGGAAAUGAGACCUCGCUACGAGAGUGCGACUUCGACGGCUGGGGAGUUCACAAUUGCCAGCCAGAGGAGGCGGUAGGCAUCGUCUGUAAGACCGCUGUCAACAGCUGUCAAGAGGGUCACUGGAAGUGUGACGACUCUCCGACUUGCAUUCCUACACCGUUUAUAUGUGACGAGGUUAAAGACUGCCCUGAUGGCUCGGACGAAAGUCCUGCUCACUGUGACGCACCGUUCCAAUUAAGAUUAGCCAAUGGUAGUAGUCCCAUGGAAGGAAGAGUGGAAGUAAGACACCAUGGUGUUUGGGGCACGGUGUGCGAUGACGAUUUCUCGAAUGCCACGGCCACUGUGAUUUGCAGAUCUUUAGGAUAUGGAGGGGUUGCAAUUGCUAAGAAAAAUGGUGUUUUCGGCCCUGGAGAAGGACCCAUUUGGCUGGACGAGGUCUUCUGUUAUGGGAACGAAACGCAAUUGUAUCGCUGCGAACACAACCAUUGGGGGUUGCACAAUUGCGACCACGAGGAGGAUGCAGGGGUGAUAUGCAGUCCCGGUGAUAUUACGGUUUCCAAGCUGUUCGGAGAAGGGGUACCGGAAGUUAAAGAAGUCGACAUCAACGAUUUGUUGCCCUCGGAUUGUGGGAAACGGGAAGAGGACUUCAGCGAGGACGACGAGAUGUUGGCCAGGGUGGUCAGAGGUUCCAUUGCACCCAGAGGAGCGUAUCCCUGGCAGGCUAGUAUCCGAAUCCGGGGACACAGCAGGUCGAGUCAUUGGUGUGGAGCCGUGGUGUUAUCUCCUCUUCAUGUUCUUACCGCUGCUCAUUGUCUGGAAGGGUACAACAAAGGUACAUAUUUUGUACGCGCAGGAGACCACAACACCGAGGUCGACGAGGGAACCGAAGUGGAGGCCAAUAUCGAGGACUACUACAUCCACGAAGAAUUCCGCAAAGGCCAGAGAAUGAACAACGACAUUGCUCUGGUGUUGCUGAAGGGUCGAGGAAUUCCUUUGGGAAGGAAUGUCAUGCCAAUCUGUUUGCCUUCGGAGAAUGCCGAGUAUCCAGAUGGAUUGAACUGCACCAUCAGCGGAUGGGGCAGCGUGGAGACUGGCAAGUCCGCUCAAUCCCGAGAUUUGAGGUAUGGCUGGGUGCCUUUGUUGGAUCGAUCGAUCUGUCGAGCUAGUUACGUUUACGGGGAAGGCGCCAUAAGCGACGGCAUGGUAUGUGCCGGGUACUUAGACGAGGGUGUCGACACAUGUGACGGGGAUUCCGGAGGUCCCUUAGCCUGUCCUCACAAUGGUGCGUUUACCUUGUUUGGAGUGACCAGUUGGGGUCAGCACUGUGGCAGUGCCAACAAACCCGGGGUCUACGUCAAAGUUGCCUACUAUCGUCGAUGGAUUGACCAAAAAAUCAAGGAAUCUCUAAGCGGUAGAUAACAGCGAUUAGCGUUUAUGAUAUUUAUCCCAGGAACCAAGGGAAGGGUCUUUGUCGAAAUUUCUACGAAAUUUCGACGCACGGGUCUGGGGUGUGACAAGAUGGCGGACGCAAUUGUUAAUCUGCACUUUAUUUCGUAAGACAUCAUCGUUUCUACAUAAUUGUAAUUGUUGUUCUUCCUGUUGCCGUUGUUGCGUUACGUUAUCGAGCCUAUAGUAGGUAUAUGUACAAAUAGUCCCAACAAGAGUCCGAUUGGAAUAAUAUCAAAGUCGAAACGUAAA